AUGAAAACAAUAAUCAUUGUAGCAUUCUUAGUUGCUUUUACCUUAGGUUAAAGGCUUGAUAUUAACUCCGAGAACUGCAAUAAAUAUUUACAAAAAUUUGGAACAGCUAAUAAUCCUGAUGGAACUGGAGCAACAAAGUUGGCAUUUACAGGAGAUAUUGCAUUUGUUAGUGGAUCCACUGAUGUUAAGGUGAACCUUAGAUAUUCCGAUGUUGAUCUCUUCAAUGAUGCAACAUAUUUUGGUCUUGUUCAAGAAGAUGGAAAAACAGCAGCCACCACAUGUCUUGACCUAAAAUUAUGGAAAUUCACUUCAAAUAGUUAUUCUAAUCCAGUAUAAGUUACUGAUUUACCCAUAACCGCUUCAAAUAACUUUUAAAAAUAAUGGAGAUACUAUACAUUCACAAUUCCAGGAAAGGAGUUAGAAACUAGAUUAGUUUAAACAACAAAUUCUAAUUAAUUCAUUUACAAAGGCUAUUAUGCUAUUUCUUAUUAUGCAGCAGGAACUGAUUAAGUUUAAUACACUUUCUAUUUUGAAUUCUCUGUCACUAUUGAUAGAGCAACUGGUGCUUCAGUUGAUACAGCAUUCAAGCCAUUAAGUUAAUCAUCAACAAUAGGAUGUACUCCUAAUGCAGCUUGCGUCACAAAAGCAGAUACAACCUUAAAAUGGUGUACAGAUUUAAAUUGCACUGCAUUUGCAACACCAGAUUUGCAUUUAAAUGAUCAAUUCGUUCUACAAUAAGUUGUUACAACUCUAAAUAUGAACUACUUUUUGACUGGAACUGAAGUCUGGUAUACUGGUAAUGGAUUGAAUAAGAAAGCAACAAUAGUUUCAGUUAAUAAUUCAGUCAAAGGCCAAGUUAUUAUCUAAUUAAAGGCUGAAAUUGCUUGGAGAUCAGUCACAAUUAAAGUUACCUCUACUUUAUCGAACACCUAAACAGGAGCAAGAAGACUUUUGGCUUAAACUACAUAUGAUGCAGUAAGUGGUGAAACUAAUGAACUAGAAUGCAUCAAAGCUGAAGGAGCAGAAAAAUGUCCCGACUGUGAUCAAGAAUGUGCUGCUUAAGGUUUUGCUAGUGAUAGCUGUUCAGAAUGCUCAUUUUCAAAAAUCAUCACCUUUGUUUUCAUGGCUUUAUUAUUAGCAUUUACAAUUUGA